GCCUGCCCCACUACCCCUUCGCGUCGAGUGCGCCAUGGGGCAGUCACAUGGUCAACGACAGCGGCGGAUCAGCGUCACCAGCGACGCAAGCAAGGACUCCUCCGGCUCCGAGGCCGAGGAGAUCGAUGCCUUGGCCGAUGCCGAUCAUGAAAUCAUCCUUGAAGUCAUUAGAUCUGCUCCCCCAGUCCUGGUAUCGCAACUGGCAAAGGAACCGGUUCUCAAGAAUCACCUUGCAGAAGACUGGGAGGAGGACGUCAAGAUUACUGCAAGGACGGUGCAGCUGCACGUCUACGACCUGGAGCAAUUUGAAACCGCCAACCAUGCCCUGAACUUAAAGGUGAGCAUAGGAGGAGCCUUCCACGCGGGCGUGGAGGUCUUCGGCAGCGAGUGGUCCUAUGGGAAGCGAGGUGUCGUUUGCGACGCCCCACGGACAGCCGAAGGCCACAACUACCGAUGUAGCAUUCCACUGGGCGACACCCAGAAGGAUGUGAACGAGGUGGCAGCAAUCCUGCAGGACAUGUGCACCAAAUGGCGGGGCGCGGACUAUGAUCUCCUAACGCACAACUGCUGCUCCUUUGCCACGGAGUUCUGCGAUCACCUGGGCUAUGGGGAGGAGUGGCCCUCGUGGAUCGACCGCUUCGCGCGGUUUCUGGGAGGUAGCCGCGACGUUGGCUACGGCGCCCUGGCCGUGGGCCGCCAGGUGACGGAGAUCAUGAAGGACAGUGUGGAUGCCAUGGUGAAUCAUGUGUUCGAGCUUGUAGGCGGCGAGGACAAUGAGGAGUGUUCCAAUACCCUGAUCCAGGUGAAGGGCCAAGAGGUGGUGAUGCUGAAUCAAGCUCAUCACCGCCAUGCCGUGCAGCCCCCGGUCUUCGUGAGCCACCUGCGCCUGGCGCCGCGGCCGGCGCCGGAGUUCCAUCCAGGCCAGCCAGUGGAGUAUCUCAGCUCCCAGCAGGGCUGGAUCCCCACCAAGGUGCUCAGGUUUCUUCCGCAUUUGAACUUAUACGACCUGGCGUGCCACGAGCAAGUGCCGCGAGCGAAGAUUCGGCCGGCGGAUGGAGGCAUGAGCUGUCGCAGCACACAUUCCGUUCGCAGCACCAACUCCGUUCGCAGCUUGAGCUUCAGAAUGCCAAAAUUCCACGAAGGCGACGCUGUGGAGUACCUCAGCGUGAGUCUGGGGCGCUGGAUCCCGGCCAAGGUGAUACGGUUCUACGAGCAGACUGGCCUCUACGACCUGAACGUGAAAGGGGGUGCGUCGGAGGAUAAGAUGCGGAAGCCAUCCGUGGAGGUUGCGCAGAGUCUUCCUUCCGUGAGGAAGCAAUCGGAGCAAUCCUCCGUGGAGGUCGCGCCUCCCAAUUCCAGCCUCCCAAGGCGGCCGCGGCACACGGUGACCCUGAACUUGCCGCCGCCAGGUUGGCCAGGUGAGGCGUGCGAGAACGCGGUCAGCUCGGCGCCGCCUGUGCAGACUAUGGUACUUCAACAGGCACAGUCUGCACUGUCCACAACUCGGAAGGCGAGCGACACCGCGUCAAGAGGUGAGGCGUGCGACGUCAGCUCGGUGUCUGUGCCGCCUGUGCGGACGAUGUCACAGGAGUCGGCGCAGACCGCAACCUGGAAGGCGAGCGACAUCGCUGCGUCGACAGGUGAGGCGUGCGACGCAGGCUCGGUGUCUGUGCCGCCCGUGCAGACGAUGUCACAGGAGUCGGCGCAGAUCGCGACCCGGAAGGAGAGCGACAUCACUGCGUGGACAGGCGAGGCGUGCGACACGGGCAGCUCGGUGUUUGUGCCGCCCGUUCAGACUAUGGUACUGCACUCGGGUCCGAUCCGAAAGGCGAGCGACACCGCGUCGACAGGCGUGGGUGAGGCGUGCGACAGCACGGGCAGCUCGGUGUCUGCUGCCUCUGUGCCGUUGCGCACGAUGAAGCUCGAGCCGUCGCACUGUGCAGUGCGGAAGGUCAGUGACGAGGCGAGCACUGCGUCGACCCCCGCGACACCCCGCCAGAAGUUCCCCGUUGGAGCUAUGGUGGAGUUCUGGAGCCAGACUCACAGGAGGUGGCUGCCCACCAGAGUCGAAGGCUUUGACCCCCGCACGGGUCUCUACAAGUUGGACUGCCGCCAGGAUGCGGACCCCGCGCGCAUGAGGUGGUCAGUGCCGCCUUCGCCCAUGGCUGCAUCUCAGAUGGCUGCCCCUCAGAUGGCUGCACCUCAGAUGGCUGCACCUCAGGUGGCUGCACCUCAGAUGGCUGCACCUCAGAUGGCUGCACCUCAGGUGGCUGCACCUCAGGUGGCUGCACCUCAGAUGGCUGCACCUCAGAUGGCUGCACCUCAGAUGGCUGCACCUCAGGUGGCUGCACCUCAGGUGGCUGCACCUCAGAUGGCUGCAUCUCAGAUGGCUGCACCUCCGAUUGCCACCUCCUUUCAGGCUGUGAGCUCCGAGCCCCCGAACGCCGUGAAGCGUGUGACCUUGUGGGAUCGCCCGGAGCCGGAGCCGGACACCUGCCCCCGAACUCCUGUGCAAUGUGCAGUGAGAGCAUAGGCUUCGGCCCGCGAGUGCUGCCGGUGUUAUGCCACCAAUUUCCGGGG